ACAGAGUUCAGAGCAGAGGGAUCCCAGAGCUGUCCGUGGUGCUGAACAGCUGCUGCAUCACCACCACCACCAUCAUCAUCAUCAUCACAGCAGCAAGCCUCAGAUUACACGGCCUCACCUGUGACAACACCUCACAGGAUCCUGAUGAGUGUCAAAUAAAGAGGUUCCUGGUGAUUCAGGUCAAAGAUGAAGAUGUAAGAACAAGCAAACGAAUCAGUGAUUUGAAUCCAAAAACAUUUUCUCAAGGACCACAACACGGAUCACUUACAGCCUGCAAGGACUUGGAUUGAUCUAUGGAACAUCUUCAGCCACUCCACUGAGAUUUAUACUUCACUCUGUAAUUACAAUAAAGGCCUCCAGAGGGUGGCUAUUAGAUGACAGUUAAAAUAUUGGCAAAGUGAAGAGAAGUUGAAGUAGCGACUCCUGCUUUUUAUUUUCCAGCUCUCUCAAGAGCAAAUGUGUGCAUCGGAGAAAAGACAGCUAUAGAGGGACACAUGAACCAGUUCAAUCUAAUUAAACCUCAGUGAACAUGCCUCGGUGUGCUGCUCGGUUUACCAGAGGGCUUAUUCAUUUGCACUACUGAUUUGUGCCGUGUUAUUUCUGUUUGCCCCAUGGCUUGUGGGAAGCACUGUGGUUAGGUUUAAUCAGCUGCCAGCUGCCAGAUUUCACUAUGUGAGGCUCCUCUGGGUUUAGAAAUCAUACUGAACAGCAAAGAUGACCACGUAGAACCACACCACUCCUCGCAGCUCCUGAUCACACAGCAGAAGUCACACAGUAAGCAAUUUUGACUUUCAAAAUAUUCUCUCACCUCCAAGAUGAGUGACACAAACUACUGGGUUGUGGACUACGAUCUCUCCUCUCCGGCUCCUCCCGGGUUUCCCAGGGGCCCGACAAUGCUGCAGCCCAUGGCAGGGCAGCCCGAACAGGGAACUGCUCUGUGUUUUGUCGGCCUCCUCGUGCUGCUGUUGCUCUUCCUUGUGGUUCGCUGUGUCCGUAUCUUGUUAGAUCCUUACAGCAGCAUGCCAUCAUCAUCAUGGACGGACCAUAAGGAGGGGCUGGACAGAGGACAGUUUGAUUACGCACUGGUGUAAAGAUGAGAAAUGACUGGCAAUGACAAAAUGAUGAAUCUGGAGAUACAGUGAGGGUCUUUUGAGGGACUUUUGACUGGGAAUGUUUGCUCCAUGCCCUGUUAACAGUUUUAACAUCUGGCUGUUGUUUGCUUGGUGAAAAGGGAAGCUGUCUUCAGUGCAAGAUAACAAUUUGAAAGCAUUGAACAGAAAAUGAAAAAGCAUAGCAGAGAAAAAGCAGACAAACCAGAAGCUCUGUAUCCAUUUAAAUUUACAGUAAUUCAUGUAUUAUUGGACUGUUGUGGUGUCUCUGAUGCUUUCUGUAACAAACACUGCAGGAAGAGACUGAUCAGUAUCGCUGCAUUACAUUACGACUCCUGUUUGUCAUGUCAUUUUGUAAUUCUAUAACGUUUUUACAAAUCCCAGUGCUGAAUUAUAAAUAGAGAGCAGAGCUGCUGCGAGACAUGUCUGGAUUCAAUAAAAGGAGAAAUUAAAUGGAUUUAGGGCAGACAUGGAAGUCAUUUAGACAGAACUAAUACACUCUGUUACAGCAGAUUUAGAGACAAGAUUGUAAACUUUAGAUGUUGAUUUGUCUGCAAACUGAGCUUCUUUCUGUUUGGACAUGCAACUAAACCAAAAAAUCAGGUGAAAGAUAUCAUAGUUCGUCUGGAACCAGGAACACAUUUCUUUAAAUUUUAUUUUUAAUGUGAAUGAUGCUGGAUUUUAUAUGCCUUUGUACCACCUCUCAGAUGAUCCUCAGGUAAAAUCAUUUCUAACCAAAGCCGCUAUAAUUUGAGAGAAUCACUUAAAUUGAGCUUCACCUGCAGUUUGUAUCACUCUAACAUUUUCAAAUUUACUGUGUCCAAAACAGACAUCGUAUUCUCCUAUAAAAGCUACAUUUACAGGGCAUAACAGUUAAUGCAUCAUAUUUUGUCUGGGCUUUUGCUAUUUCACGUCACCUUCCCUCUAAGAGGCUUAGGAAGCUCAGUGUGGAGGGUCACAGCUCUGACUGAAUAUGUGUCAUAUAAACUUAUGAUUAUGAAAUGCAUGUAGACCAAUAUUGUCCCCUAAUCCUUUUUGCCUUUAGCCUCCGUCCAGUGCACCAGCCAAAUCUGUUCAACAGUGCCUGUAGGAAUAAAAGAAAGUCUAAUGUCUAUUUCAUACUAAUGAUGUUUCUGCUCCUUUUGCCACUCAUUUGUACAAUAUUGUUCCUGCCCUUAUUAUACUAUAAAGCCCUUUGAAAUACGGCUCUGAAAAGCUCUUUAUAAAUAAAGUUUAGUAUGGAUAUUUUACUAAUUUGUUUGUUUCCUUAAAGACAAAGACCAAAAGACUGUUUGAUAUAAUUGUACGUGGUCCAAUUUCCUGAAUGUAGACGGCUGCUUGUAAGAAAAAUUAGAUAUUUUCCUAAAGUUUCUUUGAACUGGCAUUCUGUUUUUUUUUUUUAUGAAAUAAAGGCUUUUGUCUUGUCCAACUUUA